CUCAAAAGAAAAACAGAGCAUGCAUUAAUAACUCUGUUAUUUUUUUUUUUCCAAAAUCUCAAGAAAACAUGAAUAUCAUCUCUCCUUCAUCACCUCCACCACUGUUACCUCUCAAAUCAAACACAAGCUUCGAUUUAAACAGCGAGAUCACUCCAAACAUUCUCCUAAUAAUCAUAAUCCUCUCGAUCAUCUUCUUCAUAUCUGGUCUUGUCCACAUCCUUGUCAAGUUCCUCCUCACACCAUCAACACAAAACAGAGAAGAUUACUUAGACAACGUUACAGCUCUUCAAGGCCAGCUUCAGCAACUAUUUAGCCUCCACGACUCUGGCGUUGACCAGUCCUUCAUCGACACGUUACCUGUCUUUCAAUACAAAUCCAUCAUGGGUCUCAAAAUCUAUCCUUUUGAUUGUCCUGUUUGUCUCUGUGAGUUUGAAACAGAGGACAAACUCAGACUCUUGCCUAAAUGCAGCCAUGCUUUUCACGUUGGCUGUAUCGAUACGUGGCUUCUCUCUCACUCGACUUGUCCCUUGUGUAGAUCUAACCUCCUCCCUGGUUUCUCAUCUCAUCACAACCCAAGCUCCUCGUAUUUACUUGUUCUUGAGAGUGAGCAAAGCUCGAGGGAUAUGGUUCCUGUUCUUGAGUCCAAUUCUCAUUUGAGUUUUGAUGGGAACAAUGAUUUUGGAUCGACCCGGGUUAGGUCGGGUCGUAAAUCAUGCGAACCGGAUGGUGAAUUGGUUAGUUUGGAUAGAAAAGUUGUUCCUUUAGAAGUUAAGCUAGGGAAGUUUAGGAACAUAGAUCAUGUUGGUGAAGGAAGUGACAACAACAAUAGCAUAAGUGGUAAUAGCAAUUUAGAUGGAAGAAGGUGUUUGUCGAUGGGCUCAUAUGAGUAUAUUAUGGACCAAGAAGCUACACUUAAGGUUCACGUCUCCAUCAAGAAACUAUCGGGAAAAGACGGUCGCUUGCCCUGCCACAGGUCGGUUAUGGGAAUUGAGAAGAGUUUUGUGGAAAGAGAGAGCUUUUCUUUGUCGAAAAUUUGGCUAAGGAGUAAAAAGGAGAAUCAAAUGUGUACAGGUGCUAGAGAUCAGGAUUGUUCUUCAGUGUCUUCCUCUUCAGUCCGAUUUCCAAACAAACUGAUUCCCCUUGAGAUCGAUGAAGAGAGUCAAAAGAGAGAAAAUUCGGAAUCUUUGGAGACGAAAACGCCAUCUUUUGCUAGGAGGACCAUGCUUUGGCUUGCAGGGAGACAAAACAAGGCUGUUCAUCCUUCUACAUCCCAUGUUUAGGUUUUGCUUGUUAAUUUUUUGUUCUUCCUUUACAAUUGUGUCGGAAAUUUUGUGUGUUCUCAUCAGACAGAAAGUAAUAGUGGGAGAUGAAUUAAGAUAUGUAGCUAGGGUUCUUUCUUGUUAGGCACAUUCUAGGGUUCUUUCUUCUUACGCACAUUGAAAAUUUGGUGGCUAUGCAAACAUUUUAUCAUAGUCUUCUUUAAAUUAUGGGCAUGUCCUUGUAUGAUAUUACUAGAUUUGUCUUAUGUAGAUUAUGACACA